UUCCAGUAUUCCUAAAUCGCCAUGCGAUUUGCAUAUAGCGUCUUCCUUCUGGGAGCGACACUCGUGUCAGCUUUUCCGACCGCAACCACAAACGGCACCACUCCAACAAUAACCCUCGACUACACAACCGUCGUUCCGACCGCUGGAAACGCCAGCCUGGGGUACUUUAAGUACCAAAACAUACGCUUUGCCGCCGUGCCAACCGGUGACUUGCGAUGGGCAAAGCCCGAAUGGCCGCCCGUUGAGACCGAAAUCAACACCGGCGACCUCGCAGCCUCAGAUGUGGACUGCAGCUCUGCUGAAGACUGCUUGUACCUGGACGUCUGGGCUCCAGCUAAUAUCACAGAGGGUAAGAAGCUGCCCGUGCUGGUUUGGACGUACGGCGGAGGCUUUACUGGCGGAUCCAAGUCCGAGAAUACCCCUGAAGGCCUCUUCAACCUGUCGACGGAAUUCGUAUUUGUUGCAUACAACUAUCGCCUCGGCAUCACCGGACUCGGAAACGGACCGACGUAUGCGCAUGAAGGCGGAACGACCAAUACGGCGAUUUGGGACGUCCAGCAGGCGUUCGAAUGGACACGCAAAUAUAUCAGUGCUUUCGGUGGCGACGCGGACCAAAUCACCGCCAUGGGCUUUUCCGCCGGCGCCUCCCAGGUCCUCUUCCAGAUGACGCGAUUCGCUGGUCGCGCGGAGCAGCUGUUCAAGCAGGCCUAUGUUAUGUCUCCAGGUUUCGUCCCCGGCGCCGGUCACCACCACGCUGAGCAGUUUUGGCUCAACGUUUCAUCGAAAGCCGGAUGCGAAGGCGGAAAAUUGGACUGCAUGCGCGCUAUCGACUUCGACACGUUGAGCACGGCGGCCGACGACGUCGUGGACGCGUAUACCUACCAAUUCCAGCCGCGUGUGGACGGAGACAUCAUCGCAGAUACAUACGAAGCGCAGUUCUACCAAGGCCGCUUCAACUUCUCCGGCCCGCUCGUCUUGAGCCACGAGCUGCAUGAAGCGAACUCGCAAGCAUGGUCCGGCGUUAACACCACCGAAGACGUCUCCACGUAUCUUCGCAUCUUCUUCCCGGCCAUUACAGACGACGUCGUGGAAAGGGCCCUUGAGCUGUACCCAGAAUCGGACUACUCGUCGCCCGGCCUGCGCUUCGCCGAUAUGAAGCAGUCCUUUGAUCUUACCGCGCAUAAUCUCGCCGCCACCCAUGCUAUGAAGAACAACACGUGGAACGCACAAGUCGCACUCGGCUCCGCGACCCACGGCACCGAUCAGAGCUACUACUGGUACUCCACAUACACCCUCUCUUCCUCUACAGGGUCCUCAUCGAACUCCACCACGGGGAAUUCGACCGGCGGACCAACCGGUGGCGCAGGAGGAGGCAUGGGCAGCAGCAGCGUCGAUGCCACGGUCGCCGUCCAAAUGCAAAAGUACCUCCUUUCCUUCGUGCUCACAGGUGACCCGAACACGAUGUGGGCUGACGACAAGCUCUACUGGCCCAAAUACAACGAAAAGAACUCGACUGCUGGGACGCAGAUCAUCUUCAACACUACACUUUCGAUUGCGGACGAUGACCUUGCGACGGAUAAGAGUUUGUUCUGGAAUAAGGUUCUGUGGUAUUAGCAGCUUACUCGUUUUCAUGUACAUACCAUGGCCGUACUGCGACGCAAAUGCAUCACGAUCAGCCGCGAAUAUGUGAAGGGGGUUCCUUACCCUUCAUCGGCGUUUCUGUAGCCAAACAGGCAUCAUGCCCGACUUGAAGAUCGAUCAAUGUCUUCACCUCGAUGCGAUCUCGCCGUACCUGUUCGAUCUCUUCUGGGCAUGAGCCAACGCCCGAAAGCUGUGGUAAGGGAGCGACGUUGGCCAUCACGAGUGCCGUAAAGCAACCACAACAGAGUAAAGCA